GGAAAGACGACUGGAUGUGACGGGGAGGGAGGGGAUUCAAGUGUGGUUGAGAGGGCUGCUCUAUGCACAAUAAAAACACAGUGAGCGGCGUUGGCCGAGCCCCCUGGCUGGAAGCUGCGCGACUUUUAUUCGCAGGCAGCGAAAUGUCAGGUUAUUAACCCAGGCCAGAUUUUAGAAAGACCAUGUCUCGGAGUAACAGAAAUAAUCGUGCCUGGCGGUAUGUGUACAGUGGUAUUCGAGAAACAGAUGCUGUGGCUGUAGUAUUGCCUGAUGGCUCAGCAGGUCCUGUCCCUGGCUAUGACUCAGAUGGUCAGCACAGUGACUCGGAUUCUGAGCCAGAAUUCCAUUUGCCACCAUCAAUACCAACUGCAUUACCGGUGACAGGCGAAUCAUACUGUGACUGCGUAAGCCAAAAUGAUACCCGAUACUGUGGUAGUAUGCGUAGUUUUCAUCGUAUGAAGGACUGUCACUGUGGAGAGGAAGAUGAAUAUUUUGAAUGGAUGUGGGACGAUUCAACCAAAUCUUCUGCUACACUGCUGAGCUGUGAGAACAGAGAAGUUAAUUUCCACAUGGAUUACAGUUGUGGAACAGCAGCUGUUCGUGGGGACAAGGAAAUGAGUGAGGGACAACACUUCUGGGAAAUAAAAAUGACCUCCCCCGUAUAUGGUACAGACAUGAUGGUAGGAAUAGGAACAACUGAUGUCAAACUGGACAAAUUUCGUCAUACCUUUUGCAGCUUACUGGGAAAGGAUGAAAAUAGUUGGGGUCUCUCCUAUACAGGUGUACUCCAUCACAAAGGUGCCAAAAGUCACUUCUCAACAAGAUUUGGUCAGGGAUCCAUCAUAGGUGUUCAUCUGGAUACUUGGCAUGGUGUCUUGACAUUCUUCAAAAAUAGGAAAUGUAUAGGAGUUGCAGCUACCAAACUGCAAAACAAGAAGUUCUUUCCAAUGGUUUGUUCCACCGCAGCAAGAAGCAGUAUGAAAGUGAUUCGUUCAUGUUUUUCUCCAACGUCUCUCCAGUAUCUUUGCUGUCUGCGGCUCCAGCAACUAUUGCCUGAUCACAUUGACAAAUUGGAGGUUCUUCCACUACCCCCAGGUCUGAAGCGCAUGCUACGUAAUCGGUUGGGUUGGGUCCUCUCUAUGAAUCAAGAGAGCAGUGGCAGUGAGGCUACAUGCAGCUCAUCGGGCAGCGAUUCCGACAGUUCUUCCACAGUAGAUGCUGACACUUGCCAACGGAAAAGAUGUCGAUGGACUUAACGCUUCUGGUUUGAUUUCUUAUUUUUAGAUCAUGACUAUUGCAACUAUGGCAGUUUAAAAUUUUAUUUAGUAUGGACAUGGACCAUACUGCUGUACAAUAAGUGCAAGAUGACUGAAGCUCUCUACUUCAUUUUCAAUGGUUCUAGCUCCUUGAAGCAAACUAACAAGGAUUGUGUUACUUGUGAGCUCAGACUGGCAGAAGUGCAAGAUGAUGGUUUAAGCUGGUGUUCUCAAUAAAGUUACCUGUGUACAAAGA